UCUGAAUCCGCCGUCCUUCUCCCACACAAUCUCUUGAGAACCAGUGCACUCAAGACACCGACAAAAUGGUCAAGAAGAGAAAGAACAACGGCCGCAACAAGAAGGGCCGCGGCCACGUCAAGCCCAUCCGGUGCUCCAACUGCUCGCGAUGCACCCCCAAGGAUAAGGCCAUCAAGCGGUUCACCAUCCGCAACAUGGUCGAGUCUGCAGCUAUCCGUGAUAUCUCGGACGCUUCGGUGUUCUCCGAGUACACGGUUCCCAAGAUGUACCUCAAGCUGCAGUACUGUGUCUCUUGCGCGAUCCACGGCAAGAUUGUCCGUGUUCGCUCCCGCGAGGGCCGCCGCAACCGUGCUCCUCCCCCGCGCGUCCGCUACAACAAGGAUGGCAAGAAGGUGGUCCCCACCCAGGGCCCUAAGACCGCUUAAGGGGUUCUCCAUGUUCUUGCUCUUGGCGUUCUGGGUUGGUGGCAUUCGGCCUUAGAGACGUGGUCAUGAUGAUCCAAAUAUAAUGAGAUCAUGAUUCGGUCUUGCAUGACAGAUCCGGCAACCACGAAUCGGGGAUUUAGGGUCCCUUUCGGCCCGCGGGCCAUCAUAUAGCCAUAGUCAUCAAUUCAGAGCAUGUGUUGUGAGGACGAAGGGUCUUCGGUUCCUUUCGAUUCGUUAUCCGUGUUCUAUGGUUGUGACAGGCUCCUGUUCGGUGGCGAUCGAUUUGCAGUCUCUUGAGCGCAAUUCGCUCCACGCCAGUCUUGGACCCUUGUCUAUAGACAACCCAGGCAGUUGCCGGCCGCCGUAGCCAAACCGUUAAGCCCACUAUGCAUUGAUAUCACCCC